UUUUACUACUACAGGAUGGAGGAUGAGGCGGUGCUGGACCGGGGGGCGUCCUUACUAAAGAAAAUCUGUGACGAGGAGGAGGUAGAGGGUCAUCACACCAUUUACAUCGGCGUGCAUGUGCCCAAGAGCUACCGGCGUCGGAGGCGUCACCGCCGGAGAGCCGGACACAAGGACAGAAAGGAGAAGUUGACGGAGAACACCUCUGACAAGUCGGACACAGAAAACAACGAUGAGGCCAGCAACAGCAUCCUCAAACCUCUCAUCUCGCCGGCAGCCGAGAGGAUCCGCUUCAUCCUGGGUGAGGAGGAUGACGGCCCAGCGCCCCCGCAGCUCUUCACAGAGCUGGACGAGCUGCUGUCAGUGGACGGGCAGGAGAUGGAGUGGAAGGAGACGGCCAGGUGGAUAAAGUUUGAGGAGAAGGUGGAGAAAGGAGGUGAACGCUGGAGUAAACCCCACGUGGCCACGCUGUCCUUACACAGCCUUUUUGAACUGCGGACGUGCAUAGAAAAAGGCACCAUCAUGCUGGACUUGGAAGCUUCCACUCUACCUCAGGUUGUUGAGAUGAUCACUGACAACCAGAUAGAGAUCGGCCAGCUGAAACCGGAGCUGAAGGACAAAGUGAUGUACACGUUGCUACGGAAACAUCGUCACCAGACCAAGAAGUCCAACCUGCGCUCUCUGGCUGACAUCGGCAAGACGGUGUCCAGUGCAAGUAGGCUGUUUUCCAACCAGGAGAACGCUCGUAGUCCUCUUGAGAACUCUGUGACUUGCCUGUCGGGUCGCAUGUCAAUGGAGGACUUGCAGACCCAAAGGAGUACCAGCAUGGACUGGCUUAACAGUCCCACCACGACUCACCGGAACCUGACGUCCAGCAGCCUCAACGACAUUUCUGACAAACCGGAAAAAGACCAGCUGAGGAACAAGUUCAUGAAGAAGUUGCCGAGAGACGCCGAGGCCUCCAACGUGCUGGUGGGGGAGGUGGACUUCCUGGACGCGCCGUUUGUGGCGUUUGUUCGUCUGCAACAAGCUGUGAUGCUGGGAGCCUUGACAGAGGUUCCCGUCCCCACGAGAUUUCUGUUCAUCUUGUUGGGACCCAAAGGCAAAGCCAAGUCGUACCAUGAGAUCGGCAGAGCGAUCGCCACCCUGAUGUCAGAUGAGGUCUUCCAUGACAUUGCGUAUAAGGCGAAGGACAGACAAGACCUGCUGGCUGGCAUCGACGAGUUCCUGGACGAGGUGAUCGUGCUUCCUCCUGGAGAGUGGGACCCUGCCAUCAGGAUAGAGCCCCCAAAGUCCCUCCCUUCCUCUGACAAAAGGAAAAACAUGUAUGCAGGAGGGGAUUCUCAGAUGAACGGAGAUAUGCCUCAUGAUGGAGGUCACGGAGGAGGAGGACACGCUGUGGGGGACGAGCUGCAGAAGACUGGAAGGUUUUGUGGGGGUCUCUUACUUGACAUCAAAAGAAAAUUGCCUUUCUUUGUCAGUGACUUCACCGAUGCAAUUCACAUUCAGGCCUUGUCGGCUAUUUUGUUUAUUUACUUGGGAACUGUGACGAACGCCAUCACCUUCGGCGGUCUGCUGGGCGACGCUACAGACAACAUGCAGGGAGUGUUGGAGAGUUUUCUGGGCACGGCCAUCACCGGCGGGGUUUUCUGUCUGCUGGCCGGUCAGCCGCUCACCAUCCUCAGCAGCACCGGGCCCGUCCUCGUGUUUGAACGGCUGCUCUUCAACUUCAGCAGAGAUAAUAGCUUCGACUACCUGGAGUUCCGCCUGUGGAUCGGCCUGUGGUCGGCGUUCUUCUGCCUGGUGCUCGUGGCCACUGACGCCAGCUUCCUGGUUCAGUACUUCACGAGGUUCACGGAGGAGGGAUUCUCCUGUCUCAUCAGCUUCAUCUUCAUCUACGAUGCCUUCAAGAAGAUGCUCAAACUGGCUCACUCCUAUCCCAUCAACUCAGACUUCACCAUGGAAUAUGUCACGCAGUACGACUGCCUCUGUAUGGCCCCUGCUGUUCUAGAAAACAGUACAGACAUCAUUGGUGAUCCUUUAGAGGGAACUUCAGUCUGGUACUGGAACAACACAGAUCUGCCGAUGAACGCCACGUGGUCGUCCCUCACCAAGACGGAGUGUUUGAAGUACAAAGGCGAGCUGGUGGGGAAGGCGUGCGACUUCGUCCCCGACAUCACCCUCAUGUCCUUCAUCCUCUUCUUCGGCACCUACACCUGCUCCAUGUGUCUGAAGAAGUUCAAGACCAGCCAGUUCUUCCCCACCACGGUGAGGAAACUCAUCAGUGACUUCGCCAUCAUCCUGGCCAUCCUCAUCUUCUGUGGAGUCGAUAUCCUCGUCGGAGUUGAUACUCCCAAACUUAUUGUGCCAAGUGAAUUCAAGCCAACGAGUCCUAAACGCGGCUGGUUUGUGCCCCCGUUCGGAGGAAACCCCUGGUGGGUUUACCUGGCCUCGGCUCUCCCCGCCCUGCUGGUCACCAUCCUGAUCUUCAUGGACCAACAGAUUACCGCCGUCAUCGUCAACAGGAAGGAGCACAAGCUGAAGAAAGGAGCAGGUUACCAUCUGGAUCUGUUCUGGGUGGCCGUCCUGCUCAUCGUCUGCUCCUUCAUGGGUCUGCCGUGGUACGUGGCCGCCACCGUCAUCUCCAUCGCUCACAUCGACAGUUUGAAGAUGGAAACGGAGACAUCGGCUCCUGGAGAGAUGCCCAAGUUCCUGGGAGUCAGAGAGCAGAGGGUCACUGGUGUGUGUGUGUUCCUCCUGACAGGACUGUCUGUGUUCAUGUCUCCUAUUUUAAAGUUUAUCCCCAUGCCUGUGCUGUAUGGAGUCUUCCUGUACAUGGGGGUCGCCUCUCUCAAUGGUGUGCAGUUCAUGGAUCGUCUGAAGCUGCUCCUGAUGCCAGCCAAGCAUCAGCCAGACCUGGUUUACCUCCGACACGUUCCCCUCAGGAAGGUCCACCUCUUCACCUUCAUCCAGAUCCUCUGCUUGGCUCUGCUCUGGAUCCUCAAGUCCACUGUGGCCGCCAUCAUAUUCCCAGUCAUGAUCCUGGCUCUGGUGGCUGUCAGGAAGGCCAUGGACUACAUGUUCUCCCAGCAUGACCUGGGCUUCCUGGACGAUGUCAUCCCAGAGAAGGACAAGAAGAAGAAAGAGGACGACAAGAAGAAGAAGAAACGAGGCAGCAUCGACAGCGACGCAGAAGACUCCGACUAUCCUUACAAUGAGAAAGUUCCCAGCAUUAAAAUCCCCAUGGACAUGAUGGAGCAGGAGCCUUUCUUAGGUGAUAAGGCCUCUGACAGAGAGAAGUCCCCAUCAUUCCUUGAACGCCACACAUCGUGCUGAGCAGCUUCGCUACUAUCAGGCCAACUGCUUGUCCAGCCCUGAGAUGAGUCCGCUGAAGUCUGUGCCUCAGAUUAGAAUAGACAUGGACCCAGACGAUGAGAACACGUUCUACUGGAGCAGCAGAGGAUCUGAAACGUCUCUGUAAAAAAAAAAAAACACCGCCGGGCCGAUCCUGCAGCACCGCAACACCACUUUCACUUUCCAUAUUCUCCUUUUUUAUUUUUAACUCCAGAAUCCUCAACUCCAACACUUGAUGAUCUGAGUGUUUAUGAUAGAGAAAGAAAAAAAAAGGGAACGCACUAAGACACAUUUUAGAAAACUCUUUUUCUAAUAACGAAGCCAUUUUAAAACCUUUCCUCACAAUCUGCUCACAGUAAACCAAUAAAUAUAUGAAAAAUAACGUCUUCUAUGCAACUCUUCCCACAUAUGAACAGUAAACGCUGCAGCUCUGCAUGAAAUGCCCUCCCUGCUCUUUUUAUAUGAAUAUAUAUAUAAAUAUCAUCUGUCUGAAUUUUUAUAUAAAUCGAUUUACUCUAAUAACGUUUUCCUGUGGCAGGAAAAUGCUGUUUUUUUUUAUAGCUCUACCUCUUGUUUUAGAUUAAAAGCUUAUUAUUAUGAACACAUGUUGAUUUUUGACGCAGCAUGGGGGGUUUUCAUAUUUUCUCUCUGUCCUCUUGUAGAGUUGAAAUGAUUCAAGAGAUUCACUGUAUUAUAGCUCGUGAAGGAAACGUGUGCGAAUAGAUUAUUUUAAUUAACAGUUAAUUAACAAUGCAUAUUUGUAUGUGCAGCUGAGGUAAAUAUUUUUAUCAUCACUUUUUGAUGCCGUUUUGAUUUUUCGCUUCACCUUCUCUUUCUAAUUCUUCCUUUCACAUGUUCACUUCAAAGCUUUUGUUACUCUUUUAAAUUAAAUCAUUUCUUUUAUCUUUUUCUCUUUUUUUAUGAUUAUUUUGUGUGAAUGUUGGUAACUUUUUCUUAUGUCCUGUAUUUUUUUUUGUUUUUGUUUUUCUCUUUGUGGGUAGAAAACAGUUCAGCGAUACAAACAGUAAUCAUCCGAUUUUUUUUUUCUCAGCCAAACUUAAACUCUAACUAGGAAUGCAUAUCAUAUAAUCGCUUGUGCUGCACAAACUACUUUACCUAAGUGGCUUAUAAGAGAUCGAUCCAGACUGAAAUUACUACGGUAACCAUGGUGACGAGGGAAUCAAACCGAGCAGCAGCUUCAUUUCUUUUUGUCUCAGCUGCUGUUAGAAUUAUCUGAUGUGAACAUUUCUUUUUGUUUUAUAUUUUUAAAGGAUGAGUUUGAACUAGGGCUGCACCAUUAUGGCCAAAAUGAUAAUCACGAUUAUUCAUAAUUUUAGCGAAAACAUCUGUAUUUUUAUUGCACUACUUUUAAACAAACAAUAGGAACAGUUUUUAGUGUCUGGUGCUUGUUGUAAACAAACAGAGAUCGCUAAGUGAACACCUCCUGCAGCAGCAGCACAUACACACUGUACUGCUACAGAGCUAACUGUUAGCCUGUUAGCACAUACACACUGUACUGCUACAGAGCUAACUGUUAGCCUGUUAGCACAUACACACUGUACUGCUACAGAGCUAACUGUUAGCCUGUUAGCACAUACACACUGUACUGCUACAGAGCUAACUGUUAGCCUGUUAGCACAUACACACUGUACUCCUACAGAGCUAACUGUUAGCCUGUUAGCACAUACACACUGUACUGCUACAGAGCUAACUGUUAGCCUAUUAGCAAUUUGCAGACUGGACGCUAAGGGGUUAAGAUCCCCUCCGGCUUUGUGACAGCAGCUGGGAGAGACUGCUGCAGGAGGACUGUGCCACUUUGACUCCUUUUUACUCUUCUCAAUGAGCCGCGACUCAUUAAGAAGAGCAUCCACCCCGGUGGAUCUUUAAGAACAGCAUCCGCCCCUGCGGCUCGUUAAGAAGAGCAUCCGCCCCCGCGGCUCGUUAAGAAGAGUAAGAACGAGUCUCCAAAAGUCUCCAAUAACACCAGAAAAAGUCGCUAGAUUUGUCACCAGUCGCUUUUUUGUAAAAUAGUUGCUAAGGGGGUCUGAAAAGUCGCUAAUUAUAGCAACAAAGUCGCUAAGUUGGCAACACUGCUUCACCGGCUUUUACGAAUGUUGCGUGUUGUUGUGGCGUCGAGUACUACGUCACAUCCUGCUUAGCGUUCUAUCCAAUCAGCAACCAGGCUUUUUUCAGGGGAGAUAAACGGCCCUGCCCCCUGGUCGUUGGUGGACUACUGGUGUAGAAAGUGUUUGAUUAGAUAUGCAGGAGAGACGCAUUUUAAAAUGGAAAUAUCGCCGACGAUCAGGUUAAUUUAAUCGUGGCGGCCAAAAUCGUGAUCACAAUUAUAAUUUGAUUAAUUGUGCAGCCCUAGUUUGAGGGGUUUUCUUUAGAUCUGUCUUAAUAAAAUGCUCACAUGCAGAACUACAUGUACACUGAGAGAGUUAUAAUCACAUUCUACCUGCACAUGAUCAUUUAUAGAGGAACUAAACUGAGAGUUACAGAGCUUCAAAAGAGCUAAUAUGAAGCUUCUGCAGGUACAUAAUGAACCCUUCCUCCAGUUAAACUUAUUAUCAUUGCAGCUACAUUGGUGCAUGCAGAAGUAGUUUAUCUGAAAGUGGGAAUCUUCACAUGGGGGCAUUUGUUGUUGUUAGAACAAACUAACAGUAAACAAACAAAGAGGGAGUUUUAUACUAAAAACAAUCAGAAUUUUUUUGGGGGAAACACUUUAUUUUUCUCUAAAACCUCUUGAGUACAUUUGUGCACAGGAUUGUAAAAUUUUUUCCCCCACACUGCAAAAAAGGGGAGUCUAAACAAAAGAUAAAAACACUAAAUCUGAGGGAAAUGAUCUUGCUGCAUGGACAGAUAAACAAGAUAAAUUAAAGCUGCACUGGCCCGAGCAGAGUGCACUGACAAUUAUUUCUUUCUUACCAAGAUAAAAAAAACUUUAGAUUUAGAAGUGUUAGAUAAUGUAUCUUCUUUUAAGAGUUAAUUUCUUAUUUUAAGCGCACAACUUGCUUACUUCUAGAUGUAACAAUCUUAAUUUACUUGUCAAGUGAAUUAUCUGUCAAUACAGCAAGAUAAUUUCCCUCAGAUUUACUUUUUUAUCUUGUUUUUACACCUUUUUUGCCAUGCAUCUUUUCUCUCUCUCUUUCUGUGUACAGUUGACAUGUGAGCAUUAUGUUAAAAUAGAGUUAUAAACAUCCAAACUCAUCCUUAAAAUAAAGAAAGACAGUUGUUUUAAGGACUUAACCUGCUAAAAUGAGGCAGAAGGUGUAUAAACUCUUGGCCAGUAAAGAACAGUGAGAUAGUUUCCACCCUGUCAGACUUUUAUUGGCCAGUAUUAUUAUUAUUAUUAAUAUUAUUAUUAUCUUCUAAAGCACUGUUCGUCCUCACAGCGUCCUCACUUUAUCUCUGCAGGGCACUGAAGCACUUUCUCACUUCAAGUGGAAGUCCUCUCUGUCUUCAUCACCACUAUAGAAAGAAUAAUAUAAAUAAACUUGUGUGAUAAAGGAGCCGCGUCUGUAAAUCCUGUACAUAAAAGUCACGUCGGCUCAAACCAAAACCUUUGCACCAUCACGCUUCUUUUCAUCUGUUAACCACAUCAUUUAUACUCCACCUCAGUGUUUAUAGCCGGCAACAAACAGCAGCGAGUGGAAACAAGUGUGACUUAAUGUCUGGAACAUAUUAUUAUUAUUAUUAUUAUUAUGAUUAUCAUCAUGUGGGGAGUUGUUAGUGUUAAAGUGUGUCGUACUCUGUCAGCAUGUCGGACAAAAAUCUACAACUUCAAAUGAAAAAAACUUUGUUAAUGAUGUUAAUUUCUAGCGUACGGAAUAAAUACUGAUACGUUUGUUUUUGAUUAACUUUUUGUGACUUUUUAGAGA